AAAAUCCACCAUUUUCUCUUCUUAUCCUUUUUUUUAAUUAUUGUGAAAAAAAUUUAAAAUUUUGGUGUAAAAAUGGCUGGAAAUGGAGUAUUUGCAGAAAUAAUUGAUGGAGAAGUGUACAAAUAUUAUUGUGAAGGAGAAUGGAGAAAAUCAGCUUCUGGGAAAUCUGUUGCUAUUAUUAAUCCCACUACAAGAAAAACACAAUACAAAGUUCAAGCAUGUACACAAGAAGAGGUGAACAAAGUAAUGGAAAUAGCAAAAGCAGCACAAAAAUCAUGGGCUAAAACACCACUAUGGAAAAGAGCAGAGUUACUUCAUAAGGCAGCUGCAAUUUUGAAAGAACACAAAGCCCCUAUUGCUGAAUGCCUUGUUAAAGAAAUUGCAAAACCAGCUAAAGAUGCUGUCACCGAGGUUGUGAGGUCUGGAGAUCUGGUUUCUUACACUGCUGAAGAAGGAGUUAGAAUUCUAGGGGAGGGUAAGUUCUUGGUAUCUGAUAGUUUCCCUGGAAAUGAAAGGACCAAAUACUGUCUAACAUCCAAGAUACCGUUGGGUGUGAUUCUAGCCAUUCCUCCUUUCAACUAUCCGGUCAAUCUUGCCGUCUCCAAGAUUGCUCCUGCACUGAUUGCUGGAAACUCUUUAGUCCUCAAGCCUCCAACUCAGGGUGCUGUGGCUGCCCUGCAUAUGGUGCAUUGCUUCCACUUAGCUGGAUUCCCUAAAGGCCUUAUCAGUUGUGUGACCGGAAAAGGUUCUGAAAUCGGAGAUUUUCUCACUAUGCAUCCUGGAGUAAACUGUAUCAGCUUCACUGGUGGAGACACCGGUGUUGCAAUCUCGAAGAAAGCAGGAAUGGUCCCCCUACAGAUGGAGCUGGGAGGAAAGGACGCUUGUAUCGUGCUCGAGGAUGCUGAUUUAGAUUUGGCUGCUGGAAACAUUGUGAAAGGAGGAUUUUCUUACAGUGGUCAAAGAUGUACAGCCGUUAAGGUCGUGUUGGUGAUGGAAUCCGUUGCUGACACUCUUGUUGAGAAGGUAAAUGCCAAAGUGGCAAAGUUAACCGUUGGGCCACCCGAAGAUGAUUGUGAUAUCACUCCAGUUGUCUCCGAGUCAUCUGCGAAUUUCAUCGAGGGGUUGGUCAUGGACGCAAAGGAGAAAGAUGCAACAUUUUGCCAGCCAUACAAGAGAGAAGGCAACCUUAUCUGGCCCUUGUUGUUAGACAAUGUUAGGCCAGACAUGAGAAUCGCUUGGGAAGAACCAUUCGGUCCAGUUUUGCCCGUUAUUCGGAUCAACUCAGUCGAAGAAGGAAUUCACCACUGCAAUGCUAGCAAUUUCGGUCUGCAGGGUUGUGUGUUCACCAAAGACAUCAACAAAGCAAUACUGAUCAGUGAUGCAAUGGAAACCGGAACCGUUCAGAUUAACUCAGCUCCAGCUCGUGGACCGGAUCAUUUUCCAUUCCAGGGUAUUAAGGACAGUGGAAUUGGAUCACAAGGGAUUACUAACAGCAUUAACAUGAUGACUAAAGUGAAGACCACUGUGAUCAAUUUGCCAACCCCUUCUUACACUAUGGGAAAAUUAUGAGACAUUUUGACAACC